AAGCCCUGCCGUGUUCCGCAAUCGCAUCCUCGGCAGCGGCGCUGCUUUUCCGGCUGUCCCGCCCGUCCCGAGGCGGCGCGGAAAGAGACCCGCGGCUUCACUGCUCCGCCGCGGCUGCUGCUGCCUCCCCCCGGCACCCUCCGCCUCCAGCGGGGCGCGGAGGCCAUGUUCCCGCCGGACUCCACCUGGAAUAUCUCCUUCGCCGGCUGCGGCUUCCUGGGGAUCUACCACGUCGGCGUGGCCAGCUGCCUGAAGGAACAUGCCCCGUUCCUGGUGGCCAACGCCAAGAAGGUGUACGGCGCCUCGGCCGGGGCGCUCACCGCCACCGCCCUCGUCAGCGGCGCCUGCCUCGGUGAGGCCGGUGCCAGCAUUAUUCGGGCGUCAAAGGAAGCUCGGAAGAGGUUCCUGGGCCCGCUGCACCCCUCUUUCAACAUGGUGAAAACCAUUCGGAUGUCCGUGUCCAAGAUGGUGCCAGACAACGGGCACGAGGUUGCAGCAGGACGUUUGGGUAUUUCCCUGACACGGGUCUCUGAUGGGGAGAACGUGAUCCUGUCAGACUUCAAUUCCAAGGAGGAACUGAUCCAGGCCUGUAUCUGCAGCACCUUUAUCCCUGUCUACUGUGGGCUGAUACCUCCAACCUUGCGUGGAGUGAGAUAUGUUGAUGGAGGGAUUUCUGACAAUUUGCCCCAAUAUGAGCUGAAGAACACAAUCACAGUGUCUCCUUUCUCGGGAGAGAGCGAUAUCUGCCCACGGGACAGUUCCACAAAUAUGCACGAGCUGAGAGUCACCAAUACAAGCAUCCAGUUCAACCUUCACAACCUCUACCGCCUCUCCAAGGCCCUGUUUCCUCCAGAGCCACAGGUGCUGCGGGAUAUGUGCAAGCAGGGCUAUCGAGAUGCACUGCACUUCCUGAAGAGGAAUGGUCUCCUUCAUCGUCCAAGUCCUGCCCAUCCUCUCCUUGCCAUAGAAGCACCUCCAGGAGAGAAGGAAGAGGAAGAAACAGAAGCUGAGGACCAAGAAAAGGACAACACUGCCCUUGCUGUUGUUGAAGAGCAUAUCUUGGAACACUUGCCUUCCAGACUGAACCAAGCUCUCGUGGAGGCUUGUGCUGAAAGAAGAAGUUUCUUGACUGGCCUGAGCAACAUGCUGCCUGUGCGUGUGGCCACGGCCAUGAUGGUCCCCUACAUGCUGCCUCUGGAGUCUGCAGUCUCCUUCACUGUCAGGUUGCUGGAAUGGCUCCCAGAUAUCCCUGAGGAUAUAAGAUGGAUGAGGGAGCAGAUGACAGAAAUCUGCAGCUAUCUUGUGAAGAAAGCCAAGAAGAAACUGGGCAGCCAUCUUUCAGCCAGGCUUUACUACCACCUCGAGCUCGGAGGGCCCCAGAAGCUGCCAAUUUCGCCCCCGGCACCUUGUGGUGAAGCGCUGCCCAUGUGGAUGAGGAGCCACCGCUCGGUCUCUGACGUCAUGAUGAAGUGGGAGGAGUACCAGCGGCAGCUCAUGCUGGGCUUGCUCUGCAUCAACGUGGACAUGCAAGCCUCCCUCUUCCCUCGGGAAGGGUUUCAGUUAAAGCUUCCACCUCUAGGCUGUGCAAAAGAGUGCCUGCCACUCUUCUGAGCCUGCUGCUGUGAGGGGAUGAGAGUGGGUGGGAAGGAGAAUGGACACAGGGUGGGACCAGUCUCCUCCCUCAGCAGCAGGCUGCCCCAUGCUCCUGAAUAUGUUGCCAUGGGAUUUCCCCGGCAUGGACACUGGUGGAAUUGAUUGUAGACUUUUGUUGCCCACUGGGCCAAGCAAGGGACCUUUGUGUUCACAGCCACACACAGGCUGAUUCCUUGCUCUAGACUUGUGGUGAAGCCUGGCCAUUGCCUGUGGCCAGGCUGAUGUUGACCCAGCUGGGCUCUCCCAAAUAGUGCACUUUGAAUUGCCACUGGCUUUUUACCGCCAAACAACAGGAUGUAGAUGACGCUCUCAAGUUCAUACAGCUUUUACCUCCCUUGGUUUUUCAGAGCAUGUUUCUUGAUUCCUCUCCUUAAAUCAUCUGACAACCCUUAGUUCUUUGUGCUACUGAAAGAUGAAGUAGCCUCUUGCCAAACCAAUUUUUGUCAUGGCUUUCAAAUCUCCUCCUGACUUUCUUCUUUGCUGAAACCAUGUCCUUUCCUCUCUCCCUUAAUUGCAUCCACACCAGCAGCCGGAGCUGGUCCUGCAGCAGACUACACUGGAACUGCAGAAAUGUAGAAAAGUUAUCUGUUUUCCCUGAUUCAUGUUGUCCUCAUCUCUCCCUUUUUGAUUGAGGUCCUCAGGGAGCUACUGGGACUUGAACUCUGAGUGUUAAGUGAUUGAGCUUAUUUAAAGAAGUAAUUUUGACAGAUUUUUUUUUCCAGGGAAACAUGUUGAAUUUGAGGCCCUGUUCCUCACUCUGAGAAUGGAAUUGGUGUGGGGUUGCCCUGAAAAAAAGCUCAGCCUGCUUAUCUCAGGAUCAAUUUAGCAGCUGAAGCAAUAUGAAGUGGUUGUAGGAAGAUGAGAAUUGUGCAGGGCAUGUUAUUUUUGAGAGGCUUGUGGUGGAGUGUCACAGCAAGUGCUGGGGAAAUGGCUGCCUCUGACAGGGGUCAGUUGGGCUUUGCUCCUUAAGGGGCUGUACAGCUGAGGUAAAUUCUGGGUGGGUGAUGCAGAAUGGAUCCCCUGCCAAACUGAAGCUUUUAUCUCUCUUUUGCUCAGAAAAUUUGGUUGGUGAGGCUUUGGAGUGAGAAGGAUUUAGGCUUGUAGCUACACCAGCAUCCCAGCUUGCUUGUCUAGUGUUGUGGCUCACAGAUCCUGCUCUGCAGCUAGCAAUAGCAGGAGCAUGAGAAGUGAAGACUGUUGAUGCACAUGCAGCCCCUUGGAACUGGCUCCUCUUGGUCUUGCCCCUUAAAAUCCAGAGCUGUAGCAGAGCAGGACUCUGCCUUGAGGCGCUGCCAUCUCCGCAGUGGUCAUGGCUUGUGUGAGGGGUAUGAACCCUGUGUUCUUCACAGGGUGAGACGUGGCUUCCUGUGGGGAUUGCAUGGACUUAGGCUCAGACAAACCCAGCUCCUGGUAUCUUUUUCUGCUGCUUGUCUUGCUACAUGAGGCGUCUUCUACCUCUCCUAGCACAAACAGUGUGCAAUGGCCAAAGCAAACAUAUGCUGUCUUUGCUGGGGAGCAGGACAGGGUAUCAGAAACUGAUUAUGUAGCCUAUACAUGGAAUAGUAAUUUUUAAUAGUAAUUUUGCACCUUAGAUUUAGAAAGGGAAAAUAAACCCAGAAGUUGUGCUAAUCACUGGAGAGAGUAGUAAGUCUCAUGAGCAGUGUGGGUGACAGGGUGGGUGCUGUUUCCUACGAGCACAGCUGUGCACUGGGCAUGGGUUUGGUGUUUGUGUGGAGAUGGAUAAGCAUCAGGACUCUGCUGCAGUGGCUGUGCCAAGCUGGGAGGCAAUGGAGCAGGCCUCUGCCCAGGAGGCAGUGCAAGAGUGAACUUGUGACUUGGUUGUCACCCCACUGCCCUUGCUGGAUGAAACUAUGUAACACAAGGGCCUGUGCAGUUUACAAAGCAGGCCUGCACGUAACGCAGUCAGAUUUAGUCUUAAGCUUUGCAUAAUUAAGUCAGUUAGGGAACAGGGAAGUCACUACAGGAAGAGGAAAAAAUAGGAGGGUUCUGAAAUCAGGAUAGAAUGUUCAAUUACCAAACAAGUUGAUCUUGUGAUUGUUUAAAGCCCACAGAAAAAAAUGCUAGAUGCUAGUGGAAGUGAACCAGCAACAAGCUACUGUCACUUAGAGGGAGCAAGAUUAAUUUGAUGAAAAUUGAAACUGAGAAAAGGUGCUCAUUUAGUGGGUUGGUAUGGGAUUUCUUUUCUUCCACUGUUUUGGACUACCUUCUUAGUGGGAAUGGCACAUGCACAGCUACUUAGAUUGCUAAAUACAUAUCUCUUGUCAAUUGGCAAGAACACAGAGAUAUUUAGUGGCAAGAAAUUAAAGCAUUUUGUCCAGAAGCAAAACAUCUGAGAGAGGCAAAACUGCAUAAGCAAAAUCGCGUGUUUAGAAGCUGCUGCCCUUUUGACUCUGCCUUUUUUUUUUUUUUUUUUUUUUUUUUAAGUUAAUAUAUAGGUGGAGAAAACGAUACAAGUAUUUUCAAGUAUUUUUUUAUCCCUUCUUCCUGGACUGGUAAAACCACUGAGUGAUUAUGUAAACCACUAAACUAUGAAACAAAAUACUCCUGGCAACAGAGAGUGCUAAGAAGUUGCAGCUUGGCACCCUUAUCCCUUGCUUUUUGCAUCAGAACUGACUGGUCUGGUGCUGACUAGGCUGAUGCCACUGUCUUCCAGUGCUCUGAUCCAGAAGGCUUGGGGAUUUUGGUUCAUGCAUUUGAGGAGACCAACAGCUGUGCCUGGUAAAAGGCCUGAGUUUUGUUCUCUAUUUCACCUCAUUUGUAGUUUAAUUUAUUAUAAUAACUUCUCCAUGAGAAACUUUUGUACACUUCAAACUAUAACCACAAAUCAAAGCCUAGCUUUAAAAAUAAAGGUCUAACUCUUCACAAGGAAAUUCCUGGUUUUCCUAUGCUAAUUUGCAGGAUGUGAAGGAUACUGGGAAAGUACUACUCUGUAUUAACCCUUUCUUUGCCUCUUUUUAUUUCCCAAGUGUUACAAUGGCUAUUGUGUGAUAGCCUGUUGGCUUUAUAGAUUUGAGCUCUGAUAAAGGAACUGCAGAUAUGUUAAAAAUACCUGACACUAGCCUCAUUUUCCUUUCGAAAAGUUUCACCCAUUUGCUUGAAAUUCUUGCUGCUCAUCCAUCACAGAUUGCAAAGGAUGAAGGAAUUAGGGAAGAUCACUUUUCCCACUAAUGUAGCAAAAGGGCUGUGUCAGCUUGUGAAUAGAUUUUUGUUAUGCAGUGCUGCCUUGUCUAGAUGAGACCCCACUCUUUUUGAAAUCUCUGGAAACCUUGUGGUAGGCUCUGGGCUGGAUAUGGAGGGGUUAAUUACAAUAGUGCUCACUGGAACUGUUCAGCCCCUUGUUCUGUGUGUACCUCAUGGUGUACAAAGUUAUCUUCUGGGCAGCCAUUGCUGAUUAACCCUCACUUGCCAGGUCCAUAGGAGCAAGGUCAUCUGUGGCAGUCAGUCCUUUCUGCUCCAAAUGGUGUAACUGGGCAGCCCAGCAGGACUCUCCAGUGUAUGGUGAGUGGGAGGUCAGGUUCCGGGACAAAAAUUCAUCUUGUAGUCCAUGUCCAAUGAUCCUUACAGCAUUCACUGGAUUCCUGCAGGAGUCCCAACCCUUGCCCUUUCCACUGUUUCAUAUAAAGGGUCUGUGCAUUCAGGAAUCCACUAAUUUUUCCUCCUUCCUGUCUUAUUAAUUGCUGCUUUUAACAAGGCUGAUGGUGACCUUGUUGUGCACAUAACCAGCCCCUAACCUGCACCACACUGUAGAGUUGUUCUGUGUACAACAGUCUGUGCCUAUGGCAUGCUCUGUAACCCACAAUUAGUGUGUAGUGUAAUUGGUUUGGUUUGCUGCCUGCCCUACUGCUAAUACUGUUGCAAGCUGAUUUUCAAGGGAUAGGAGAAAAUACUGACCACUAUGUAUAGGACCUAGGAAUUGUUUUCUCAUGGCUCUUUGGAAGGCUGUGUACCUGCAACACUCAGAGAAUAAAAGAGAAUCUGCUGUCUGCCAGCACUGGGGUGUCCCUAGUACUUUUAUGUUCCCCAGUGGUUUUAUUAAUUUAAAAUUUAUUAAUUUAAAAAUUAAUAAAAAUGAUCUAGUAAUUCACUACUUCCUUGGAGAAAAAGAGCUCUCACUUUUGCCAAAGCAGUUGUGAGAGAAAUAUCUGAAACUCUGUGUGUUUAUUCCUUAGGGGAAUAAAACUAUAGUAAAUUUCUGUUAAAUAUAUGCCAGAUGUGGUGGGUGGCAGGGCCACCAAAGUCAGAGGGCUUUGCCAACUGACUUUGUUUUCUCAAGCUUUGUUUCUGUCUUCUCCUUAAAUCAGUGAGAGAAUGGACCACCUCACCUGGCUGCCACAUCAGCCAGUUUGUGCCAAACACGCUGUGCCUUUACAGUGGGCUCUGGCCUCCUGUCCCUCGGGUGUCUGCCUUCUGAGUGCAGCAGGACUCGCUCUCCUCUCCCUCCUUCCCCUUGCCUGCUGCUGGGACAUUGCUCCUUUUCCAACCUGCAGGCAGCUCCACUAGGACAGCCCCCAACUGCAUCCACCUCACUCUUUGGAUCCACAUCAGCCCUCCUGCACAGGGAGGGCAAAACUCCAGUUCCAAACAGAGGACUUAGAAAUGUAACUGAAAUAAAUACCUCUCACUUCUGGGGUUUUCUCUUGUUCUUGAAAACAGCAUCUAAAGCAGCUCUUUGAGCUUUGUGUGUCCUGGGACUACUCCACUGCUGCCACUGAGUUUGAGAAGACCCUGAAGCACACAACACAUGUGGAGGUCCUGUGGAAAUGACUGGUGUCAGAGCAGCAACUAGACCAGCAAUAGCAUAACAAGUUAUGUAUUUAUGUGGCAAUGUCACUAAGUAGUGUUCACAGUCACUUUAAAAGUUCAGUAUUAAAUUGUUGAUGCUUUUUUUUCCCUUCCUGUUUCUAUUUUCUAAUGUUUUGCUGAAGAAAAUGUAACUAUUUAUUUUGGCAGAACUAUAUCUUCUAAUAAAAACUUUCUCAAUAUAUUUACCUGGCUCUGGUAGGCUGCUUCUCUUACUGUUUUAAGGCUUACUAAAUAUUUUUUGGAUGCG